UUUGCUUUAAGAGCUUAGAAUAAAAAUCCUGCCUUAUCUUAUAAUUUUAGUAUUUCAAAAAGUGUAUACAGGAGCUAAAAUCCGCUGCUCUCAAUGCUUGAGAGGCAAUCGAAAAAUUCCAUAAUGAGUUUACGAAAAUGUUUUAACAACAACCUAUUUGACUUUCAGAACAUGGGAAAAAUCUGGCAGUUGAAAUUAAAUAGAUAGUGAUUCCUCUCCUCUUCCGUGACUCUACAAAGCACUAACAUUCUGAAGCCCAAUAUUUAAAGAUGAGCCCUCUAUUUUCACUAAAAGGUCUUAAAAAUUUCUUCAGUUCUCUUUUGAUUUCUCUCUUGAAUCUUCUCUUCGGUUCUGACUACUAUUUUCGAGGAUACUGAAGGCUGAGGUUAAUCCAUGCUCAUGAUGAGGAGCUAGUCUGCAGCCCCAAGAGUUAGUAAAUACUGAAUUAAAUAUUCCCAGUUCUAUGCUGCCAUUUCUCGGCAUCUUUCUUGAUCUAUUUCUGAGUAAAAUUUUAUGUAUGCACUUAAAGUUGACAAAUCGACUCAAAGAAGAUGAGCCUAAUGAGCAAAAAACUAGGAAGAUAGACUUAUUGAUACAUUAAGACAGGCUAGAAGUCGUCUGUCUCUCAUAAAAGACUUAUGUCUCCUUGAUUGCUCACAAAAUUGGUGAUUCCUCGACCACUAUUUUCACUAGUUUAUUUUUAUAUUAUCAAACUCCAUUAUUUUGCUCAGUUUCGAAGAAACAGGUAUAUGGAGUGCUUGUCCUUGUGGACAGAGCUUAAACUAGCAAGCAGCUCUUUACGAUCAAUUUGGUAGUAUUUUGAAAAGUCUAAUGUUUUUACUUACUGAUAAUCUUG